AAUAUGGUUUGUGCGACCGUAUCCCUUUGGGUAGCAAUUAGUUAACAGCAAUUACUGUAGGAAAAGUAUUAAUGCUCGCCGAUGACGAAUUUAAUACAAUUCUGCGGUGCUCCAUCAUUAAUGGAGGAAAUUGCAACGUGGAACCAAUUCAUAAUGGCAGCGUCCAUGUUCACAUCGUGUGUUUAUAAACAUGAAAUAAGAUGGCGAACCAGCUGGCAAAUAUUUAUUUGUUAGCUGUAUCAAUGACGGACUCAUCGUUUGACAUGACUGGCAUCGUUUCAGUGUUUAUUUUUAGUUCUUGAUACUAAAAACAAGUGUGCCUUCAUUCCGUUUGACAUUGACAGAAUAAGAAUUUAGAAGCACGAACGUUAUAUUUACAACAACACAAUGAAUACGAACCCACUGCGUAGGCUACUGUCUGUCAGAUGUGUUGCUAGUUUGGUCAGACAGUCGUCAGGAUCAAUUCCUAGCUAUAAUCAUGGGUUGAUGGGGAAGGGCAAAGUGAAGAGACCAACCCUUACACUGCCAUUUUCAUACAAGCCACAAGGGGAGAUUUUGUUUGGCAUCCAUCCAGUACUUUUAGCUCUACAAGCCAGGAAACGGAAACAUUUUAACAGAGUUUUUAUUAAAACAAACAAGGGAGAUAAUAAGAAUUUGGAAAAGAUUGUCCAGUUGUCGUGUGAACAUGGAGUUGAGGUUGAAGAAGUGAAGGGUCAUGUCCUUGACUCUCUGUCAGGUGCACGACCUCACCAGGGUGUGUGUUUGGAUACGAGCAGAUUCCCCGUUAAGAGGCUGAGUCUACAGUAUCAUGUUGAGAGUUUACCGCGGGACCAAGCGUCUCUGUGGCUCUACCUACACAACAUCCAGGACCCGAUGAAUAUGGGUGCGAUACUGAGAACUUCACAUUUCCUGGGAGUUGAUCAAGUCGUUGUUCCAUCAUUUAACAGCUGUAACAUGACUCCCGUUGUAAGUAAAGCCAGUGCUGGAGCCAUGGAGGUGAUGAAUCCUCUCGGACUGGGACCAGAUUCCAACAGUCUUGUCCAGCUUUUAGAGACGUGGAAGGAGGUGGGGGGAGUGGUGGUGGGGACGGCUGUAGAAGAUCAUUAUUCUCAUCAGGUCCACAGGUACCAGAUCAACCAGCCCACUCUCUUGAUAGUCGGUAAUGAAGGUUUUGGUAUAGACAGUAGCAUUUUAAAUCUCUGUGAUAUUCUGUUGUCGAUCCAGCCUCAGGGUGUUGACAGAGAAAACUUGGUGGCUUCACUCAAUGUGUCGGUAGCAACAGGCAUAAUUAUUCACUCACUCCUCUCAUCCAUGAAAAAAGCCGACUCCAGCCAGGUCCAACAAGCUGUGUGAUAUUCACUGGUGCAGAGAUCGGUAGAUGUAACCAAUUUAAUACACACACAACUGAUCAGUUCUCUUAUUGUAACCAGUGUGGAGAAAUUAAUACACACACAUCAGCUGAUCAGUUGUCUUAUCCCUGAAAGAUUAAUCCAUCACUGUGUUGCUAGUUCCUCAUACAGAACACUGACCUUCAAGUCAUUUGACCGUAGUACACUGGCACAAGUUGUUCUCUACAGUUAUCAAAAACAAACAUUCACUUCUCAAUAGAUGCCAACUUUAAGAUUCUUUGUGUAAUGUGCCAACUGUGAAUGUCAGCACACUAAUGUUUUCAGGUAUAUCAGUUGGUGAAUCUCCAUAAAAAAAGUAACUUAUCUGUUCCAUGAACAUUGUUUAAGGACAGCAAAUAUGUAUAUAUAUGUGUUCAGGAUUCGUGUAAUUAAAGUGCACAAACAUGAA